GUAAAGGGGGGAGUAGGGGGAAGGGUAUUCUCUUCUCAAUCUUUGUGUGUUUUGUCCGUCUUUGGUGUCGGCUGUCAACAGGAAUGUGGUUUCAACUCUUCGUCUGCAUUCAUGUCAUGUCAUUUCGUUCAUUUCAUGUCAUUCCGUUCGUUUCUUGUCUUGUCCUGUCUUUGUCUUGUCUAUCCUUUGUCCCCAUCAAGCAUGUGCAUCUGCAUCUCCAUUCCUAUCUUCCUUCAUUCUCCUCACCUCAUCAGAAUGCAUCAUUUCCUCUCAUUUUUUUUACCAUCACUUUGGCAUCACCAUCUCGGGAGCGGGCGUAACGUAAUGACGAAAGAAAUGAAAGAAAUGAAAGAAAUGAAAGAAAUGAAAGAAUGCAAAGCACACCUCUCCUAUCUUUUAUCUUUUUCCCAAUCGAAUCCCCCUUUUUAUUUUUAUUUUACAAAUCUAGAAUUAGGAUUAGAAGAUAGAAUAAUCACAAUUCGGGCGGUUUUUUCUCCCUUGAUUUUCUGUUGUUUUGUUGUUUUGAAAUUUGUGAUUUGUGAUUUGUGCUGGAGACUUUGCAAAAGAGAUGAAUGGUCGGAUGAAUGGAUGGAUGAAUGCAUGGACGGAUGGACGAUCUGUGUAGUAGUAGUUCUUCCACGUUUCCCAGUCCCCACGUUCCACGGCGACACGCUAUCUACUGCAGUACAGUACGUUGUCCUAUUGCACUGCACCGUCGCCCCGUAUCUAUCCAUCCCCUUUCGAUCCAGUCCCCCUUCCAUUCCGGACCUUCGACGAGACUGCCGUCAGUUGUGAAUAAGUGGCCAGGCUUGGAUUCACGCAAGAGACACCCAGACAUCACGUAUGACAUCGGCACAGUUCACUCAGACAGAUAUAACAAGCCCUUUAU